AUGAAGACCGAGGAGCAAACUACCGAAGAGGCGGCGCGCCGGGCGCCUGCCACGCGACGUCAGGAAAAACCACCCUUCUCCUACAUCGCCCUCAUCGUCAUGGCCAUCCGGCACUCUCCCAAUAAAAAACUCACCCUUAGCGAAAUUUACGCAUUCCUCCAACAACAGUUCCCGUUUUUCCGAAGUUCAUAUCAAGGUUGGAAGAAUUCCGUUCGCCACAACCUGAGCUUGAAUGAGUGCUUCGUUAAGUUGCCCAAGGGCCUGGGAAGACCGGGGAAGGGGCAUUAUUGGACCAUCGACCCGUCGUCUGAGUUCAUGUUCGAAGAGGGCUCGUUCAGGCGACGACCGCGAGGUUUCCGCCGUAAGUGUCAGGCGCUAAAGCCCCAGUUCGGAGGUGGUGGAUAUUUGUGUGGAGGUGGAGUGGCCGCGUUGCCUCCGUCGCAACCGUCCGGAUAUGAUCUCGGUGGCGGGAGCAGUUCGAGUGCGAGUGGAGCUUCCGCAAUAGACUAUGGAGCGUGUGCGUAUUCCCAUGCCGGGACGAGCCAGCAGCUUUCUUACGGAGGAGAGUACUGCACGUAUGGUGGCAUGGGGGAGCGCGAGUGGCCGCUCGCUUACAGCGCCGUGGAUCCGGGCUACAGACCGCCGGCGUCGUCACCGCCAUCUCGACACGACCUCACGGACCUGAUUCCCAACUACCAGUACGUCACAAACGAACACGUUUUCUUUGCAAGCAUGGAUAAAAAGGCAUUUGCUUCAAUUGACUUGACUUCUUCUUCCUUUGCCUUAUCCUUUUAUUUGGGGUCGGCUCUCCUCGUUUUCAUGCGACAGGAUGGUCUAUCCUGGGUUGUCUGUUUAUUCAAUUGGGCUCUCUCCAAGUCUUUUGAUAUGGUAGACCACCAAGUGGCAGAGGGACAUCCUAAACCCCUUCUUCUAUUUGGCAAGCUAAGAAAACCACGUAGUAAGGAGGGCACUCCUUACUACGUGGUUUUCUUCACGCCUCAUUACGUGUCCAUACCAUCUUAG